AUACGCUCUGCAACCUCACUCAAAACAUUCACAAUUUCUAACCGCCAACAUGGCCACGCGCUACAUUGUUCUGAUCGCCCUGUUCGUACACUGCGCCCUGGCCGCACUCCCCCCGGGCUACGAUGGCCUGUCCAACGACGGCAAACGGGAUGCUCUGUGGAGCCUGAUCAAUGCGCGCCAAUACAGCGGCGCUUAUCCCACUGACAAUCCCGGGGUGCUGAGCAUGCCACAGCUCUUUGUUCCCUCCUUCCUAGCUGCUCGCUUCACCACUGUCAGCGAUGAGCUCGGUGACCCCGGCCGCCAAAAGCUCAUCCACACCUACGGUGCCACGGCGAAAGUGGAGAUGCGCAUGUUCGCCAACUCCACCUACUCUGGUGUUUUCAAAGCCAACCACAACUCCAAAGGUCUCCUGCGCCUGUCAUUGGCCAAGUUUGACCCGGAGGCUUUUACUCCCGGUAUGGCACUGAAACUGUUCGUCCGCAACCACCCCUCUCUGAACAUCAUCGCCAUGUUCUCCCUGGACGGUCAGGGUACCAACCGCAACUUCCUACAGAAUCCCUUCUGGAACGUCAUUGCCGGACCGUCCUCGCUGGCCCUGAAGAUCCUGGCUAAGGCUUUUGCCCUGUCACUUCACUUACUGCCGGGUGACAGCACCUGGGAUCGACCGGAAAAGGAGGAGAAUCUGCCGCUGUAUGAGCACGCCUGCAUUGAUUCGGACGGGAAUGUCCCGGCGGCGAUCCGGGCACCGUACCGCAUCACCUUCACUCCCAACCGUGAUCUGGGCUGGAGUGCCUCGACUCCCAACGAUUUCCGUACGCAUCUGGCGCAGAUCCCCGUGGGCUCGGUACUGCAGACCAUCUCGGUGCAGCGUGAUGUCAAUGCACAUGAGGAGAUUAUCGGACAAGUGGUAACGGAAAGCACCUUUGUCGCGACUCCCUAUAACGAUGAGCAGCUGUACUUCCAGCAUCAUGCCAAACGUUGGAGACCAUAAACAUACAUAGUGGCAGGAGUGUAGAUAGAAGGUUUAACCCUGCACCACCUUGCCUGCUUACUGCACAGUUGGUAGCAAACAUCGAUCCAUUGGACUGGUUAAUGGACUGCAUAAUGGACUUAACAAACAUUUGGACUGAUUAUUUUCAGUUUCUAAAACUUCCCACAAUAAAAAAGGCGUUGCUAUUCUGCGUUCAAAAAUUAUAGAUUUCAUUUCGAUCGCGAACUUUAUGGAUUUGUCUUUUUCAUGAACAUUUCUGACAUAUUUGUAAUAUGUCCUCGCAGUCAGUGCGUUAUAUGAUAGCGGAAAUUAAAAGCUUCUUGUAAAA